UAUGUCUGCUGCCAGCAAUAGGAUGUCUGAAGAUCAGUUUCUGUGCUCCAUCUGUCUGGAUGUGUUCACUCAUCCAGUCACUAUACCAUGUGGACACAACUUCUGCAAGAACUGCAUCACCGAACACUGGGAUAGAAGUGACAGGUGUCAGUGCCUGUGUAAAAAAGUGUUCAACGCAAGACCUGAGCUGUACAUUAACACUUUCAUCUCUGAGAUGGUCGCUGAGUUCAGACAGUCGGCUCAACAAAAAGCCAGCAGCAGCAGCUCAGAGCAACAAGUCUUCAAACCAGGAGAAGUUCUCUGUGACGUCUGCACUGAAACCAAACUGAAGGCCCUGAAGUCCUGCCUGGUGUGUCUGACCUCCUACUGUGAGACUCACCUGGAGCCUCAUCUGACCGCUCCAAGCCUGAAAAGACAUCAGCUGAUCGACACUGUGGAAAACCUGAAAGACAGGAUGUGUUCGAAGCACGAUAAACCUCUGGAGCUGUUCUGUAAGACCGACCAGACAUGUGUCUGCAUGCUCUGCACUGUUUCAGACCACAAGAUGCAUGAUGUGGUUCCUCUCAAAGAAGGAUAUGAAGGAAAGAAAGAGCUGCUGGUGAAGACACAGGCUGAAACUCAGCAGAUGAUCCAGACAAUAAGAAAGAAGAUUCAGGAGAUCAAACGAUCAGUUGGACUCAGUAAAGAACAAGAAAACAGAGAGAUAGAAGAAGGGGUUCAUUUCUGCACUAAUCUGAAAGAGUUUGUUGAGAGAAACCUGAAUGAGUUCAUCAAAAUGAUGAAAGAAAAGCAGGAAACAAAUGAAAAACAGGCUGAGGAUUUUAUCAAAGAGUUAGAGCAGGAAAUCUCUGAGCUGAAAGGGAGAAGCGCUGUGGUGGAGCACUUCUCGCGAUCUGAAGACCACCAGAGAGUCAUGUCUCUAAACAUCCUAAACACACCACCCUCCAAGGACUGGAAAAAGGUCAGCUUCACCCCAGCAUCAUAUGCCAGGACAGCUGUGACUCAGCUGCAGAGGAAACUAAGUAAAGAGAUAGAGAAGCAGCUCCGUGAAUCUGGACUGAAGAGGGUCCAGGAGUACGCAGUGGAGGUGACUCUUGAUCCUGAUACAGCACAUCCUCAACUCAUCCUGUCUAAUGAUGGGAAACAAGUGAGUCAUGAUGAUGAGAGGAAGGAUCUCCCAGACAACCCAGAGAGAUUUUCUAUAAACAGUUAUGUCUUAGGAAGGCAGAAUUUCUCUUCAGGCAGAUUUUACUUUGAGGUUGAGGUUAAAGGGAAGACUUACUGGAAUUUAGGAGUGGUCAGUGAGUCGAUCAACAGGAAGGAAAAUAUCACACUGAAGCCUCAGAAGGGUUACUGGACUAUAUGGUUGAGAGAUGGAAAAGAGUACAAAGCUCUUGCUGGUACUCCAGUCAUUCUCUCUCUGAAGUCUCAGCCUCAGAAGGUGGGGGUGUUUGUGGAUUAUGAGGAGGGUCUGGUCUCCUUUUAUGAUGUAGAUGCUGCAGCCCUGAUCUACUCCUUCACUGGCUGCUCCUUCACUGAGAGAAUCUUCCCAUUCUUUGGUCCCUGUAGGAAUGAAGAGGGUAAAAAUGCUGCCCCUCUGAUCAUCAUCACAUGUCCUGUCAAUCAAACUGCCUGCUCUUUUUAUGAUCAGCAAUUUGAGCAGUGCAAAUGAAGCAUGGCUAUCAAUUAAACACAGUAAAAACAUAUACCAGUUUUCCUGGUAGUCAUUAAUGCUAUGCCUUGCAAGUUCCAGCUUCCCAAAUGAAACUAUAUGCACGUUUCCUGAGUCAUUUAUGAUAUUAUAACUAAAUAAUGUUGGAAGUUUGCUUUUGUUUGCUUUUACAUUGAUUCAAUAAAGUACAUAAUGAUGUUAAA